AUGGCAGCAGAUCCUCUGACUGCCGAAACAACAGCAGAUCUGCUACAAUACGAUCUAUCAGACGACGACCCAUUCGCAGACAACCCAACAAGCCGAGUCCGCGACGACAAGGCCACGCUCUCACCUCGAGGCACCAAGCGAAAGACCACCGACGAUAACGAUGACUUCCUCGGCCUCAACGAGGAGGUCAAGAUCGCGAAGAAGCGAAGACCUGUCGUCAAGCUUGAUGAGGACCGAUUGCUCAGAGCCGACGGCAUACCCAAGCUACGCACCAUCGCCCGCUCCUCAUCAGUCACCCGCAAGCUACGAAUGAAAGGCAAAGGCCACGAGUUCUCCGACAUCGCGAGGCUGCUCAACUUCUACCAGCUCUGGCUAGACGGCCUCUUUCCUCGAGCUAAGUUCGCGGAUGGCCUACAGCUGAUCGAGAAGGUCGGACAUAGCAAACGCAUGCAGGUCAUGAGGAAGGAGUGGAUUGAUGAGGGCAAGCCGGGCUAUAUCAGGCCGGGAACGGAGCUGGUUGAGAGUAUUCUGCGUGCGGAGGAUCAGCCGUCGACGAUGCGUGUUGGAGAGAAUGGGCAGCCGCUGAAGGCGCCAGCUGCAGUGAAAGAUGAUGUUCCGUUGGAUGAUGAGGACAUGUUCUUCCCGUCGCCGAGCAAGGCAGCGCAGACCGCAGGGACUGGCAACACUGAGGAUCAGGAUGACGACGAGUUGGACGCAUUGCUUGCUAUGCAAGACUCGGCUCCAGCAAUCACAGCUGCGCCUGCGGCAGCGAGAGAAGACGACUCUGAGGGCGAGGAUGAUCUCGAUGCGCUCCUCGCCGAGCAAGAUUCGCACGCCCUCCUCGCAGAGCAAGACACCCGCCAACAAGCUCCAGCACUAGUCCAACCACCCGACGCACAACCUGCCUCAUCCUCUCGCCCAUCAACGCGAGACUCAUCCAGCAAGAAGAAACGCACCAUCUUCGACGACUCCGACUCCGAAGGUGAGCUCGAGAACGAUACUGCGAACGAUGCCAACAACACGCUCCCGCCACUACCACGCCAGCCUCGCGAAGUGACUCCGCCGACCUCUCCAGCUCAGGUCGCGGCAACAGAGACCAACAACAGAACACCGGUUAAGCAAGCAGAUGAGGCCCAAGAUCUCGCCGCAGCAGACAUGAUCUUCUUGUCAUCGCCAAUUAGAAACGAUGAAGAGAGUCAAAACAAGGGGCUCGAAGGUGGUAUAACGGCCUCACAGGAAAUGUUGAAGACGUACUCAUCCUCACCAUUGCCGAACAAUCCCGAGGAGGACGAUUUGGACGCGCUUUUGGAGGGCACGGAUAUGUGA